AUGAAGGUUGUGAUGGUGGAUCCCAGUAAAUCUAAAGCAGAUCAACUAAAGAAUAAUAAGCUGUCCAGUUUCAAGAACAAAAACCUUUCUGAUAAAAUAAUAUUAUAUAGUGGUAAUAAUACUAGCAAUAACACCAACAGCAAAUCAACUACACAAAACCAAACCACAUUCAAAAGAAUUAUUGAAUGUAAGAUCGGGUCCAAUCCAAUAAAUAAAUUUAGAGAUAUCAACGAUGAUCCAAUAAUUAAUUACCAUAGUCUAAAACAUAAAGUUGAUAAGCAUUCAACAAGUUUGGUUAAGAAGACAAACAUAUAUGAUAAAAAUCCAUUAGAUGAUACUUUAAUAGAUCAUAAAUCGUCUUUAUUAGGUAAAAUUAUGAUUUUAAAUAGUACGAACAAUCAAUAUGAUAUAUCUGAUGUACAUAAAAAUACAGAUACAGACGCAUUAAUAAUUAAGAGAUACCCAAAUCAGCUAGCUUCCAAAAGAUCAAUACAAAGUUAUCAAGACAUAGUAUCGUCGAAUAAGAAUAAAAACAACAGAAUAAAUACUAUCAAUAUGACUUUGCCUUCCAAUGAAAAAAAUAUAACUGAUAAGUGGUCUCCUUCUCCAUCAACUAAUUAUAAAAUCAAAAAAUUAACUUUUGUAAAAACUGUUCCUGUCUCAAAUGGCAAUAUCAGUAAUGCUGUUGAUCAUCAUAUUCAGAAUUACGAAAGGGUAAUAUUAAAUAACACAAGUUUCGUUAGACAAUCGGCAAAGUAUACUUUUGAAAAUAACAAGCUAAUAAUAGAGAAACAAUCUGAUAAAACUCAUAAAGAAGAACUGUUAUUUAAAAAUGAAGAUUUAUUCACUGGGGUACUAUUUUCGGAAAAACCUUCUUUUUUAAAUGAUGUUCCAACUAUUCCAAAUUACAAAUUUCAAAUGUAUCAAAUGGAUAACCCCUUAGACCAUAAAGAUUGGGAUCUUAAACAAUCAAAGAGGACAAAUAUAAAUCCUAGUAGCAGAUCUAGUCAAGCUUCUUCGAACCCACCUAUAUUAGAAGGUUAUUCAACACAUACAUUUAAAGUUAAUAUAAAAGAUAAAUAA